GCGCUCGGCGCUCUGACGGGGCGCGCGGCGGCAGGAUUUUAAAGCGCUCUGCCUCGGAUCGCCUGCCCCGGGUGACCUCCCGGACCUGCCCUGGCGGAAUCCGGACUUGCCCCGCCGAGAUGACGAGGAAUAAUUCUGCUACAAGGCUGAUUUCAAGGACAUGAAUUGUUGACCUCAUCCCAACAUCAGAACCUCAGACAUUCUAAUUUUUGCACCAUUCCAGGCAAGUUGAUCUUACAAGGAAAUAAAAUUGAACCAUAGGGGUCUGAUGGGAAUUCACUGUGACGUUCAAAUCAAGAAAACUUGCUGAUGCCCACAGAGCCUUUUCCCCAUGGGCCCUGAUGGUAGCCUCCAGAAGGUGCAGCCUCAGGUGGUCCCCCUUCUUCUGUGGCAAGAAUAAACUUUGGUUCUUGGAUUGCAAUAUCACCUGUGGAGAAAAUGGUAUGCGAGGGAAAGCGAUCUGUCUCUUGCCCUUGUUUCUUCCUCUUGACCGCCAAGUUCUACUGGAUCCUCACAAUGAUGCAAAGAACUCACAGCCAGGAGUAUGCCCAUUCCAUACGGGUGGAUGGGGACAUUAUUUUGGGGGGUCUCUUCCCUGUCCAUGCAAAGGGAGAGAGGGGGGUGCCUUGUGGGGAGCUGAAGAAGGAAAAGGGGAUUCACAGACUGGAGGCCAUGCUUUAUGCAAUUGACCAGAUUAACAAGGACCCUGAUCUCCUUUCCAACAUCACUCUGGGUGUCCGCAUCCUCGACACCUGCUCCAGGGACACCUAUGCUUUGGAACAGUCUCUAACUUUCGUGCAGGCAUUAAUAGAGAAAGACGCUUCGGAUGUGAAGUGUGCUAAUGGAGAUCCACCCAUUUUCACCAAGCCUGACAAGAUUUCUGGUGUCAUAGGUGCUGCAGCAAGCUCCGUGUCCAUCAUGGUUGCUAACAUUUUACGACUUUUUAAGAUACCUCAAAUCAGCUAUGCAUCCACAGCCCCAGAGCUAAGUGAUAACACCAGGUAUGACUUUUUCUCUCGAGUGGUCCCACCUGACUCCUACCAAGCGCAAGCCAUGGUGGACAUCGUGACGGCACUGGGAUGGAAUUAUGUGUCAACACUGGCUUCUGAGGGGAACUAUGGCGAGAGCGGUGUGGAGGCCUUCACUCAGAUCUCGAGGGAGAUUGGUGGUGUCUGCAUUGCUCAGUCACAGAAAAUCCCACGUGAACCGAGACCUGGAGAAUUUGAAAAAAUUAUCAAACGCCUGCUAGAAACACCUAAUGCUCGAGCAGUGAUUAUGUUUGCCAAUGAGGAUGACAUCAGGAGGAUAUUGGAAGCAGCAAAAAAACUAAACCAAAGUGGACAUUUUCUAUGGAUUGGCUCAGAUAGUUGGGGAUCCAAAAUUGCACCUGUCUAUCAGCAAGAGGAGAUUGCAGAAGGGGCUGUGACAAUUUUGCCCAAACGAGCAUCAAUUGAUGGAUUUGAUCGAUACUUUAGAAGCCGAACUCUUGCCAAUAAUCGAAGAAAUGUGUGGUUUGCAGAAUUUUGGGAGGAGAAUUUUGGCUGCAAGUUAGGAUCGCAUGGGAAAAGGAACAGUCAUAUAAAGAAGUGCACAGGGCUGGAGCGAAUUGCUCGGGAUUCAUCUUAUGAACAGGAAGGAAAGGUCCAAUUUGUAAUUGAUGCAGUAUAUUCCAUGGCUUAUGCCCUGCACAAUAUGCACAAAGAUCUCUGCCCUGGAUACAUUGGCCUUUGUCCACGAAUGAGUACCAUUGAUGGGAAAGAGCUACUUGGUUAUAUUCGUGCUGUAAAUUUUAAUGACUUCUCUUUUUAGGUUGUCUCAGAGGGAUCUAGAUGUCUCUACCCUGGCCAUCUCUUUUUACUCUCUCAUUUUCUAGUAGUUGGGUAAGGAUUUGGGUUACAUGGACUAUGACAACAAUUUCAUACUUCUUGUGGGAUUUCUAAAACUAAAAAGUUCUCACAGUAUUUUACUAUCUAGACUAUUCUAGAUCUUGUAACAAUAAAAAAUAAAAGCAGAGUUCUAAUAUGUCAUUUUCUAAUAUCAUUUUAAGUAGGUUACUCAGCAAUCACUGGGAGAGUUUACUAGAAACAGAUUUUUAAAAGCAUCUUUCUUGGAGCUACUGAUUUCUUCAGGGGAUCUCAAAAAUUCUUUCCUUAUAAAACUACCAGUGACUAUGGUGCAUCGGUAGAUUUAAAAAUCAUGAGAUGAGAAGUAUAUGAGUCCCCUUCUGUAUUUGGUACAGGAAUUAAUAAGUACCUUUAACAUAUAGAAUCACUGGCAUUAACUAAAGUAAAAGCUGGAAGUGGUUCUGCAAUGGAAAUUGACAGGCUACUGCGCUCCAGUAUGCAGGAUGUCUAUGUGAUGUGAUGCAUGUGUUUGCAAUACAAGGCAGCCCACCCCCAGCCUUCUGGGCCUGCAGCUGAGAUCAACUGUGACUAACCUGAUUCCAAAACUGGCUGACUCAUUUCAUUGCUUCCUGUUUCUCUUAGUAUACUUUGAAAUGUUUUCAAUGAAGAGCCUAGCACUCUGCCCAGUGUACUGUUAAGUGCUUGGUAAUUAUUGGUUAUAUAUAUAUAUACAUUUAUUAAAAGAAGGAAGGAAGGAAGAAAGGAAGGAAUGGAAUAGAAGAGGAGAGGGAGGGAAGGAAGGAGGGAUUAAGUAAUGAGGUAAUGUGGUAAAUAUAGUAGAGAAACAAAUUUACUGUUCUUUAUUAGGAUGUAAUUUUAGGAAUUUAGGAUUUAGGAACAUAAACACAAAGUAUCUUGGGAACAAGACAAAUUUAUGUCCUCUGUUGUUUUAGAUGACUUGUUAGAAACUGAAAUUUUCUUGCACUGGUAUUUAUGCAUCUGAGAGCUAAGGUAACUGCUUGUUUGACUGAAAGUAACUUGAAAGUAUAUGUAAUUGACAUUUUAAUUUUGUUAAAUGAUAUGACAGGUUGAUGUGAGAAUGGACCUGUUCAGGGUGAACUAAAUUGGGACUGGAUUUGAGAGGCCCUUUUAUCACCAUCAUCAAAUUAUGUAAUUUAUUUCAAAAUAUCAAACUUAAAAAUACAGAUUAUAAUAACAUUUAUUUUAGAGUUGUGAGAAUAUGAGAAUCUAGUGAGCUAAUGAAUGAGAAUCAUUGUUUUGAGAAUAAAGUAAGCUAAUGAAUGAGAAAGUGCUAGGAAAUAUUUUAAUGUGAGACAUAAAAAAGAUUAUUUGCCCUUUUCACAGAAAUAGAUUUUGUUAAAAAUUAAUCAUGAAUAACUAGAAUAUGGAGGCAUGCUGUAUUCAAAUAUGUUGCAGUCUUCAGCUUUAUUUUCAUUACAUUGAGCUAUUGAUUUCUUCAUAUAUUUUAGGUCCAACAUGGUUUCUUGAAGAUUCUAGUAUCUGAAAGAACUUUUUUAAUGAAAUAGAUUUUUGUUGUUCAUUCAUUGUCUCAGAUGUUGUGAAAUUGCUGUUGUUCUAUGCUAUGCCAAUCGUAGACAUAAUACAAUCUGCACUUACUGAUGUGAAAUUGAAUGGAUAAACUUCAUUCUUUAAGGUUGAAUCGGUGAUUAAAAUAACCCUAUGACUAUCAGAA